AUGGCCUCCCUAUCGUUCUCCCUCUCCCCGGAGGCGAUCUAUCAACUACACGAUGCAUUGAUGUGCCUGGGUAGAUUUGGCGACAAUGUAUCAUUCGAAGCCGAAUUCGAUCUGCUUCGUUUGAGCGUCUUGAACUCCACCAAGACAGCCUACGCCGCCUUCGCCUUUGAUGCAGACAAGUUCUUCGAGUCCUACUCAUUCGGGGUAGAUAGACGCAACAUGUCUGCAGGCGUUCAAUCACAUAAGUUCUGUUGCCAGGUGUUGAUCAAAGCCCUCGUGUCCGUCUUCAAAGGAAGAGCAAGUGGCCGCAACAAGGACACCUCGGUCGAACGAUGCGAGUUCGAGCUGCAAGACAAUCCCGAUGAGACGGAAUGCCGCCUCGUCAUCAGACUGAUAUGCGGACUUGGCGUCAUCAAACUCUACAAGCUCACGUACGAGCCCGUCUAUGUUCAGCAUGCAACAUUCGACAGGUCCAGAGCGACGAAUGAAUGGAGCAUCGAGCCCAAGUUUCUGAAAGAAGUCACCGACCACUUCGGACCGUCGGCAGAGCAACUGGACAUUUACUCCGAGCACGGCAAGACCGUUUUCACCAGCUUCACUACCAAAAUCGCUGACGGAAAAGAGAUCCUGCGACAACCAGUGCAUACCUCCGUGGCCAUCGACAAACGGGACUUUGAGUAUUACCUGGCCGAGGACAAUCGACACAUUGCGAUCAAUCUGAAGGACUUCAAGGCUGUCCUUGCGCAUGCUGAUAUUGUCCACGCCAGACUCACCGCCCGGUUCACCACUCCCUGCCGCCCGCUGCAAUUCGCAUACGAACUCGAGGGUGUCAAAUCCGAGUUUACCUUGAUGACGAGAGGUGAAGCCGUCGGGGACGAUGGGCCAAGCUCGUCUCGAGCCGCCGCGCCACAGUUGUCUGCUCGACAGACCCCAGCGCCUGUGCAAGUGAGUCAGCAGAGGCCCACUGCUACCGACGCAAGUCGAAUGCCGCCGCCGUCCUCGCGGAGUCGAUCUCUCCGCCCUCUCACCGGAACGCCCGCUCGAGCUUCACAGACCCCCGCAGAAUCCCAGAGACCUCAACCCCCGGUCGAAUUCGAUAGUCUCUUCGUACCUGCGGAUGAUGACCGACAAUGGGACGUGUCGAAUGACGAGGAGGCUCCAGCCGAGGACGAGCUUGGCUGGGAUGCCACGGGUGACAAAGUACGACUCCCAGCAUUAACCGUCUUCCAUUGGCAGCUGGCCGCCGAAAUAGGCCAAGAGGAGGAGACGGGCAUCCCGCCCACCCAGCGCAUAUCACAGCUCCAUGGCCUUGGUCUGUUCGAUUAA